AUGUCUUCUUCCAGCAAGGCGAAAGUGUACAGACUGCGGAACAUCCCUGAGCAUUUCGAUAGGCUGUCAGCCGUUGAGUGGCUGGCACGAACAUUUGGCGACGUGUCGCGGAACGAUGUCCAAAUACACUCGCUGGCGUUGUCAGUCGACACCUGGUCACCAAGCAAGACGGCCACGGUGACAUUUGGAAAGACACCAUCGAUAAUCGACUCUAUCGAUAAUAAGCGAGAAUGUGUGAUACAGAUACCGGAACUGGCCAGACCCUUGAUCGUGGACGAUCACUUUCAAGGAAUAACACCACUUAAUAGCAUGGCGAAGGAGGCACAUAAAUCUGACUGCGUUAUCAUAUCAGGCCUUGCUAGCCAUCCGUUUGGAUCAUGGCAACCUCGAGGCAGCGACAAAUCCUUUAUGUGGAUUCGCGAUGAUCUUCCGCCCCAGCUUCCCGGAGUAAGGUUUCUGCUAUAUGGAUACGAGACUAACCUUCAGGGGAGCAAGUCUUUUCAGUCGAUUCCUGAUUUGGCAGUCUCCUUCAUCAAUGGUCUGAAAACUAUCGGAUGGUCAUCACCAAACGCUAAGCCAGCUGCACUUCUCGCCCACAGCUUAGGUGGUGUAGUCGUGAAGCAGGCGCUCGUUAUGCUCGCUGGGAGCGGAGUGGCGGAGCAAGCCAUGCUUGCGUGCAUUAAAGGAGCCAUAUUCUUUGGUGUACCUAGCCAGGGGAUGGUUGUUCCUGACAUCUUUUCCAUGGUCGAUGACCAACCGAAUAAAGCUCUGGUGCGGGAUUUGUCAGACGAAUCAGCUUAUAUUCCUAACCUCGAUAGCCAAUUUGAUGGCAUUUCCUAUCUUCAAAAACUUCGAUUCUUUUGGGCAUUUGAGACCAAGGUUACACGUACUGUUUCCAAAUUGCCAACUGGAGGGUUUUCGAGAACAGGCCCUGAAACCGUAAUGGUUUCAAAAGAGUCUGCUACAAAAGGAUUAUGCAACUGCCACCCUGCUCUUACAAUACAAAUUGAUGAAGAUCAUUCGAAUAUGGUCAAAUUUUCGACUGGUGAUCACAGGAUCGAUAUUUUAGCCAGCAAGUUAUCUGAGAUACUGGGAAUUGAACAUAAAGCACUGAGGUUUGAACUCACGCGGAGCUUCACGAUACGGACUCAUCUGGAGAACGAAACCCCAAUCCGUCUCGACAGUCGCAAUAAGAUCAAGUGGAACGACAGACUUAUUAUCAAUUCUAUUCGAGCGCCCGAAAGAGACCGACGUCUUGAGCAAAUCAAUACUAGGCUCGGGCAUACUUUUGACUGGGCCUUUGAUAAUCCUGCCGUCAAUCUGACAAGCUGGCUACAAAAUGGGAACGGCCUCUUUUGGGUAAGCGGCAAACCUGGCAGCGGAAAGUCUACUUUUAUGAAGUACAUAUUCAACGAUGAGCGUACCGCCGAACUGUUGCACAGAUGGAAAUCAGGCUCGCAAUUGAUGGCCCUCAGCUUUUUCUUCCAUCAUCGUGGAACUAACUUACAGAAGUCAUUUGAGGGACUCCUACGGAGCCUCGUGAGUCAGAUUUUGGAAAAGAAAUUGUCCUUGGUGGCUCAUCUUCACCCUAUUCUGGACAAGCUCUAUCUUGAACGAAUAAAGAUGGACGAUCUCAGCGACCUCAGGUCUGAUCUUCAUGAAAUGUUUAGAGCUUGUGGGCUCGGUACUGAUCAGGGACGGGGAGGCAUAGAGGGGUUGAUUCAACGCCAGGAUGAAAUAUCGGCAAGAAGGACUAUGGGUACAGAGCUUGAAACCCUCCUGAAGCAAAAUGGAGUUAAUAGUAUGGUGCUUCAAAAACUCCUCAAGCAAAGUGAAGUCGAUUUACCUCAUCCAAAACCAAGAAGCCCUUUAGAUGAGGUGGAGAAGCUUUUGGCAGCGGCAGCUUUGGAUGAUGGCCCUGGCGACCCAACUACAUGGGACGGCUUCCUCCGACGACACUAUCAACGACAACAAAUCAAAUUCGAUGUUCAAACAGCUCAAUGGUCUAGAGAAAACUUAGAGGAGGCUUUGCAACGAUUGAUCACGCAACGACGCUCGAAAUUGGAUAUUUGCCUUUUUAUUGAUGCGCUGGACGAGUAUGUGAGCCGGCCCGAAUUUAUCGUGUCAUUUCUUCAAGAUCUCGUUCAGAGUUCACCGCAAUCCUGGACCAGGAUCAGAAUAAUAUUCUCUAGUCGGCCAUGGGCGAUAUUCAAACGAGAAUUCGCGGGCUGUCCUGGAUUCCAAGUUCACGAGUACACCGAAGAAGACAUCUUUGAAUUCUGCAUUGCAAAGAUACCAUCUAACUCGACGUCGACUUCACUUUUGGAGCCUCUGGUUACUGAAAUUUGUACUAGAGCUCGAGGCGUAUUUCUAUGGGUAACUCUGGUAAUGCGUGAUCUCGCGAGCGUCACCCGAGAGAAAGGAUCCAACAUGGAGGAGCUUCAGAAAAAGGUACAGAAAACUCUUGACUCUCUACCAGACGAAUUAGAUCAAUAUUAUGGCGCAAUUAUUGAAAGAAUACCAUCGGGUUUCCGCUGGGAAGCGUACGCGGCACUGGAGCUUAUUUGUCGUGCGGAAGACGAGUUGAGUCUGAACGACAUAGUCCACAUGCUAGACUGCUCAACAGCCCGGAACCUAGAGGAGGCGAGAGUUAGAACCACAAAAGUGUCUCGAAUUACACAGGGAUAUGUUCAGAAAUACGGAAAGGAGGGAUACAUUCGAAUGUUAUCGGGUGGCUUAAUCGACAUUGUUUACCACGAUGGGACAUCUCAGGUUGAAUUCAUGCACCAAACUAUCAAAGAUUUCGUGGAAGACGCCCAGUUCAAAGCCCUCAUCUUUGAAAAAUGGCGUGCCAAUUUCACCAAAGAAAAUGGACAUUGCUUCUUAGCAAAGUACUAUUUCCUCACCACAGAGUUUAGUAGAUCCUGCAUCCAUCACGCACGACAGGCUGAGGUUAGCACAGGACUGAGCCAGUUUAAAGACUAUGCGCAAGCUGGUCCCGAGCGAUAUUACGUCGUCAGACUCGCUACUCGCGUUUUCGGUAUUCUCUGGAUUGGAGCUCUGCAUUGA